UCUGCUGAUCGUGAUGGCGCAGAUAGUGACCGCCUUGCAGAUGGUCCUCGAGGAGAAAUUCAUAAUGAAAUACAAUGUUCCUCCCCUCCAGGUGGUCGGUUAUGAAGGUAUCUUCGGUUUCUUGACCUUGUCCGUACUCCUGAUCCCUAUGUACUACAUACCCGGUGGAAUGUUCAGCUCCAACGAAAGGGGAGUCCUGGAAGACACCCCAGACGCUUUCGUUCAGAUAAAAAACAAUCCUCUUUUGAUACUCGCCAUCCUACUGAACAUUACCAGCAUCGCCUUCUUCAACUUCGCCGGCGUGAGCGUCACGAAGGAGCUUUCUGCCACGACCAGGAUGGUGCUGGACUCCGUCAGGACGCUGGUCAUUUGGCUGUUCUCCAUAGCUGUUCAGUGGCAGACGUUCCAGUACCUCCAGCCUAUAGGUUUCCUGAUCCUGGUCAUCGGAAUGAUGCUCUAUAACGACGUCCUUCAUCAUGCAUUUUUGAGGAGGCUGAUCAACAUUACUGACAGAGUGCCGGAAGGAGCUCCUAUACUCAGUGGCACCGUGGAACCAAACCAAGACGUGACUGGGAAAAGAGAGAUCGACCCUUUUUAAAGAAGAAUUACUCAGAAGAAAAACCAAGUGAUCUGAUGACGUCAUAGUUCCUACGCUCAUAUUUGUUCCGUUGUGUGUUCCGGUAAUGAUUUCUUCCCCUUCCCUGUCUCUGUAAAUUAUUAUGUAUCUUUUGAAUGAAUAAUGGAGGCAUAA